AUGGCGCGGAAGGAGCGGGAGGUGAUGCUGCGGCUGAAGGAGGUGGUGGACAAGCAGAGGGAUGAGCUUCGUGCCCAGGCCCACGAGAUAGUCUGCAAGAGCAGAGACACGGAGGCGCUGCAGGAGCAACUGCAUCGCUUCAUGGCCAUGAACGAGGACCUGCGUCACAAGGUGGCUGUGGUGCAGGCACAGCUCAAGAGCGCGCUGGAGAAGAAGUCGGACCUGGAGGCUGCCAUGCUGCAAACCCAGAGGGAAAUGAGCAGGAGGAGCAGGAUCACCUCUGAGAUCCUGCAGCCAAAGCCCAGCCUGGAGCCGCAGCACCAGGACACGGACGCGAGCAGGAGCCCUGCUCACUGCUGCUUCUCCAAGGAAGAGCUGCAGCAGAUCCUGCAAGAGCGGAACGAGCUCAAGACCAACCUGUUCCUGGUGCAGGAGGAGCUGGCUUAUUACCAGCGGGAGCUGCUGAAUGAAGAGAGAGUUCCCGGUUUCUUCUUGGAUGCAAUGAAGUCGACUAUCAAAAGACAGAGGAAAAAAAUCAGAGCCAAAAUGCUAGGAACGGCGGAGGAGUCGGCGAGCAGCGAUGAAGAUGAGGGCUCCUGGCUCCCGGCUCGUGGCACAGACUGUGUGGAUGCUCAGCCUCCCGAAUCCAAAAUUAGGAGCUU